UUUUGUCCAAUGUUUCUUGCCGGCCGUUCUGUGUUAUUUACAUGAACUCACAAUAAGCACAACGGAUAUUAAAUUUUUCUCAAAUUUGAUGAAGCUUUUAUUCCUGUUCAUGUUUUAUUUGCAUAGUGAAUUGUUUUCAAGCCAAUAACAGUGCUAGUGUGUGAUAUAGCGUAAGUACCGAAAAAUGGUAACCCUUGAAAGUAUAAAAGAGCAAUUCGAUGAACUGGGAAUCGAACCCUCUGAUGAGGUGGCAAACAAAUGUAUCGAAAUUUGCCUUCGAAACGAUGUUGACGAUCCGGUCGAGUUCGUUGAGCAAUGGAUGGCUUUCAGCGUUUCCAAGUUGAAUGGUGCUGAGCCUACGCUGGACAACUUGCGAGAUAUGGAAUCGCAUGAGUAUGCAAACAAGACGCGAAGGGUGGCAGCGCCUUCCGCUGUAAACCGGGUCCGUCAGAGUGCGGUUGAAUCGUCCCCGCGAGCAGGCGACCUCGGAAGAAAUGGAUCCGGCGCGGGUGGCAGCGGUGGUUUGGUGAUAUACAAUAACGCUGAGAUGGAUUCGAUCGAGAAUGAUGUGCUCGGGUCGUACGGGUGUAUUACGCCGAAGGCCAAAAAACCCGUUUCACGUCUUCACGCUCAAACUCCCGAUCGGAACAAGGCUCAGUUCUCCCCGGCCAGCUAUUCGCCCAUUUCAUCGUCAAAAAAAUCCGACCCGAAUGGACCGAACAACUCCGGCAACGUUGUGUACACAUUCGGACAUCCCCAGCUGCUUAAACAGACGACUUGGGCAACGACACCAGCGGACAACCGGCGGCCGCCGCUUUCGAUCGAAGUACGGCUGUACAAGGGCGGUCAGCUGACGGCAGAACCGAACCACAGCAGUGUAACCAAUGGGCCCAGCUAUAUGAGCGAUGAGUGCAAGUAUAUGUACGAUGCGAACUACGAUCGGGUGCUGAUUCUCGGCGAUCGGAUCUAUGAAGGUGGUAAGCAGAUUUGUAAGCGAUUAACCGUAGAGCGGAAUCUGGAUUCGCAGGAAAGUCGAACGGCUGAUGAUGAGGGCAUACCGAAGGAUGAUCGCGAAGUUAGUACGAUCGAGGAAGUUUCGAUUCAUCAUGUCGAUUUUCCAAGUACGGAUGUGAUAAGCGUGAUGGGUAGGAUUGUGGUGCAUCCGGAAAGAAAAGACGAGCGACACGCUAUCGUUGAUUAUGAUGAGAUGACGCUUCGGUAUACACAGUUAGAUUUUAGUAAGAUGAAAAGCUGGUCUGUUUUCCCCGGAGAAACGGUCGUGCUUGAAGGAGUCAAUCCACGAGGAACUGCUUUCGAGGUUCGAAAAAUCCACUACCAACGCAGUCUAGAACUGCCGGAAGCCCCAAUGCAGCUUGGGAGAGAGCUUAAUAUCGUGGUUGCUUCUGCUCCCUUCACCGACAAGGAAGACCUGUUGUACGAAAAACUGUCCGAUCUGCUGGCUUACUGUAGCAACAACAGUCCCGAUGUACUGAUCCUUACGGGGCCAUUCGGAAACAGCGAUAGUCAAUUGUUUUGCACAAUUGCUGAACCCUUCGAGGUGUAUUUCGAGAAAAUCAUAACUAACAUUAUGAGUUCGAUCUCUGCCAAUACCGAAGUACUGAUGGUGGCCAACCACGACGAUAUCAUGUCGAUGUUCGUCUAUCCUUCGUUCCCGUACAAAAUCAAUAAAUACUUCAAGAACCUUCACUUCCUACCGGAUCCCUGCGUCGUUUCUAUUAAUGGCAUGGAAAUAGGCAUCACUACAGUGGACAUCAUCAAGCAUUUGACCGAUGCGGAAGAAAGCGGAAAUCCCAUUGGGGAUCGGAUAAAGCGCGCAUUCAACUACGUGUUUCAUCAUCGAACGUUUUACCCGUUGAAUCCUCCACCAGAGCACGUCCCGCUGGAUGUGGAUCUGUUGAAUGAGUUUGGUAACCUGCCCCGAGUACCGAAUAUGAUGAUUUGCCCGGGCGAUCUGAAAUGUUUCGUGAGGGACGUCAACCGGUGCGUGUGCAUCAACCCUGGACAUCUAGUGGAUUACGAGAGUGGCGAGGGCACGUUUGCACGUGUGGUCGUUCAUCCGCCGGAUGGUACAGCGGCUGUGCCAUUUAACUAUUUAGCUUGUCAAGUGGUUAAAUCAUAAGAUCGUUAGUUUCAUCAGCGGUAUGUUGAAAUUGUUAUGGUAUGGAAUAAAAGAUUUUCCUGGCA